AUGGCCGUUGUAGAUGGAGAGGCCCCUCUGCCUCUACGCCACCCUGCGAAACCCCUCCCGUUCGAGUUGGUCCAACAUGUCGCCAUCUUUUUUGAGGAGAGACUCCAUACGCAGGCACUCAACCUCCUCCUGGAUGUCCUAAGCUCUGACCCGAACGCGUCUGCGUCUAUCUUCAUCCCGUCCCCGCAACAUCUCGCCCUCGCUGCCACCUUCCUCGUUCACCCCUCCACCACCGCCCGGCCUAAGACAACAGAGGAGGAAGAAGCACCGAAUGUAUCUCUCCGCCUGCUACGGUUGGUGAAUAGCCUUGUCGGGCCUAGGAAUGCUGCAUUGAAUACUGCCUUUACAUUUACUCAUUUUGAGACUUCACGACAUGGUACACGGCGUUAUUUAGACAACACCUCGACGAACACGCCGACGGGUCACGGCGACAAGAGGCUGAACCUGGACCGAGAUAUUGAUAUUAAUCUGGCACAGUCAGCCUCUGUUUGGUCGCGGGCCGAGGACUUUUGGCAUGCUGUAGGCUGGGCGUUAAACUGCUCUGUCUUGCACCCUGCCCGGUGGGAGUGCUGGCGUAUCUGGCUGGAGCUCAUGUGCGAGGUUCUGGAAGAUGACUGGGCAGAGCGCCGAAUCGAAAGGGAAAGAAACCCCUCUGAUGACGAUGGAAUCUUGAAAGAAAGCAUGAUAGCCCGCUACAUCCUCGCUUCCAAUGCUGGUUUCGGUCGCAACCGUCGCAUGCUGCGCGCCAUAUUCGCCGACGGUGGAGCAACUGCGGUCAAUGAAUUCCGCGAGGUUUUCCACCAUGAAUUGAAGCUAUCGCGGAAGAAAACCACUGAGGACAAGGAACCAAGAAAAAGAGAGGCAGUGGUCGAUAUCGACGCAGAAGAAUACGGCGACUUCUACCUCACAAGUGACCACGACGAAGACGGUGCUUCCUCCGGCCGCGAGUCAAAACGCCCACGCAGAGGUACAGUUACCAGGUCAAGAAAACCUACUAGUACCCCUAAAUCCAACCGAAAUUCCGAGGCCGCAACACCAGACCCAACUCUUGCAUCGUCUCUCCUAGGCGACGCCAACUCUCUUGCUCUCCGCCAACGUCUCCUCCACCUCCUUUCCACUGUUGCUCAUGCCCUUCCAGCCGAUUUCAUGAAACUUCGAGACCUCUACGACCUCUUAGUUGAGAAUAUCCGCCCUCUGCCUCUCCCAAUCUAUCAAUCCUUCAUCUCCCCUCUCGCCCUCCCCUACUUCUCUCCGGAAGCCUAUUCAACCCUCUGCGAAUGCCUCCUCUACUGCCUCCGCGAGUCCACUGCCGCCAACUCGGACGAUGAAUACCUCAACCAGUCCAAACUUGAGAAAUGCUUCCUUCCCUACGCAACCGCAACUGCAUCCCUCUCGGAUAACGUCAAAAUGUCCCUUACCCUGGAAGCCCUCCUCAUCCUCCUAGCAGAUAGUAACAUGCUCCAUAUCACAGAUGAGACAAAGCUACUCACGAAAAAGGGAAUCAUAAAACGCGCGGAAAAGGCUCAGCUUGAGACGAGGAAGAAUCAAUUCGCCCGGAUGUCAGAAGACCUGGAGUGGAGUUGGCUGGGUGAGAGUGCUGAAAGAUUGACCUUUCUAGUUGAGGAGGUGAUCCCGUCAAGUACAGAUGCUACAGGCUCGUCAUAA